AUGCCGAGAUCGUGUUAUAGCCGCUCAGGGGUCCUGCUGCUGGCCUUGAUGCUUCAGGCCUCCGUGGAAGUGCGUGGUUGGUGCCUAGAGAGCAGCCAGUGUCAGGACCUCACCACGGAAAGCAACCUGCUGGCGUGCAUCCGGGCCUGCAAGCCCGACCUCUCCGCUGAGACGCCCGUGUUCCCCGGCAAUGGCGACGAGCAGCCGCUGACCGAGAACCCCCGGAAGUACGUCAUGGGCCACUUCCGCUGGGACCGGUUCGGCCGCCGGAACGGCAGCAGCAGCGACGGCGCGGGGCAGAAGCGCGAGGAGGAGGUCGCGGCAGGCGAAGGCCACGUCCCGCUGCCCGCCGGCGGCCCCGAGUUCCGCGACGAUGGCGCCGAGCCGGGCCCGCGCGAGGGCAAGCGCUCCUACUCCAUGGAGCACUUCCGCUGGGGCAAGCCGGUGGGCAAGAAGCGGCGCCCGGUGAAGGUGUACCCCAACGGCGCGGAGGACGAGUCGGCCGAAUCCUUCCCGCUCGAGUUCAAGAGGGAGGCUGUGCCCGGCCCCGAGGACGCGGCGGCCCUCGCCGACCUGGAGUAUGGCCUGGUACCCGAAGCCCAGGCGGCGGCGGCCGAGAAGAAGGACGACGGGCCCUAUCGCAUGGAGCACUUCCGCUGGGGCAGCCCGCCCAAGGACAAGCGCUACGGUGGCUUCAUGACCUCCGAGAAGAGCCAGACGCCCCUGGUGACGCUGUUCAAGAACGCCAUCAUCAAGAACGCACACAAGAAGGGCCAGUGAGGGUGCAGCGGGGCGCAGGGGCUUCUCUCCUCCGGGAAGUCCAUCCUAAAGCCCCCUGGCUCGCCUGCCCUUCUGCCUGGCCAGCUUCUCGCUGGGGCUGGGGGUAGCGACAGACAUUCAACCCUUAAAGCUAUCUGUAGUUAGGAAAUAAAGCCUUUCAAAUUUCA